GAAAAAUUAUCGAUUGUGAUUAGUCAAUUUCUUGCUUCUGACUUCUGAUUUAUUACUAAUAUCUUAUUGUAGAAAGCUCUUAACGUGCUUUAAUUCGCAAACACGUGUCUGUCUAGUCACGUGUUCUUUUCAUUGUCUUCCCGCCAGUUCUCGUCGACCGUAGGAGCAGAAUGUUGUUUAAUUUUUCAAUAAUAUUGAUGGCCAGAUAUACACAAGUGUCAAAAAUUUAAAAAUGGACUUGACCAGAAAAAGACCUGCUCUUCUUUAUAUGGCAACAUCAAACAAAAAGGUGAAAUUGGAAACAAACGUUACGAUCAUUCCAGUUAAGUUUAAAUCUACAGUAAACUUGUUUGCAUCCAGAUGUCAAGUGAGAAAAGUAAAUCGUACUACUGCGAGCAUUUCGAAACAUCACGUUUUAGAAAGCCGCAGUACAGGUCGAGACAUAUGCAAUAGAAUUCUCAAUACAAAUGUUGAAUUAAAUGCACAUGAUAACAACAUAAAUCUGAAUAAUAUUAUCCCUGUACUAUCACCAAUAUUGGAAUCUUAUAAAAAACGUCAUAAUCGAUGUAAUUAUUCAGAGAAGUUGAAGCACAUAACAGGAAACAUAUAUAGGAAGGUAAAACUAAAGUACAAAAGUCAGAUUCCUAUACACUUGCUGGAAUCUUUCUUCAAUUCUGUGAUAUAUGAGACUGUUCCUCUGAAGCUAUUUGGGUCAUUGCAAAAUGUGAAAAUUGUUAAGAAAAUAAUAUAUCGCCUUCUGAGAACUGUUCCAAAACAAAGAUUAGUAAAACAAGCCUUCAAAAGAACUGUGAAGAAAAAAAUUGCCGUUGGUGCAUUGCUAGAUAUGGGACCACUGAUCAGAAAGUUUGAUAUUUCUAAAAUUGAGUGGUUGCAUGUGAUUGAUAGCAAUGCAGGUCGUUGGAUAGUUGUUAUAAAACUGUUACACUGGUUCUUUGCACAAUAUGUGAUAAAAAUUCUACAUAAAUACAUAGUGGUGACAUCGGUCAAGGGUCAGUGGGUUUACAUAGCAAAAGACGAUUGGUGCAGAAUGCAAGAAGAAUUUAUAAAAGAGAAAGAAAAUACACGUUGUCUUGUGCCAUGGACACCUACAUCAGUAAAGUCAACAUGGAAGUUACCUAUUGGAGUGUACAAGUUUAUUCCUAGCUCUUCUGGUUUAAGAGCUUUAUUUAUAGCAAAAUAUAAGAGUAAAGAAAAAUACGAUAAUGUAGAUGUUGUUUUGAGAGUUUUGCAGCAAUUAUAUGUCACGUUCUUAAGUAAAGAUGGACUUCCGACUGUGAGUAGUUGCGAGUAUCAGGCUCGCAAGUACAAACAAUCGAACAAAAACCAAUUGUACUUUGUGCGCUGUGAUAUACAAGAUGCCUUUGGUUCGAUACUUCAAGGUAUAAUUAAUUUCUUGUCACAUUUAGAGAGCAUAAGGAUACAUGUUGUAUCUUACUUUGCAGAAAAAUUAUUUGGUAUUAUCAAAGAAUAUCUUAUGACAUUGCCAAAGAUCCUUACAGUACGUAAUUAUACUUUGGUAAGAAGUAAAAAAUAUCACACAAACAACAGCAACACUGCUGCCCCGGUACAAACAGUACAAUUUUUAAAUUUGGAGAAAGCAAUUAAAAGUGCAAUUAUGAACAAAGAAAAGCCCAUUCAUGUUAAAAUGACGAAGAUUGUGGCUAAGAUACACAAGUUAAUAUUUGAGCAUAAGAUGAAGUGGAACGGUCAAGUUUAUUCGAUAAAACAUGGUGUGCCGCAAGGUAUAUCGGUAUCGCCAAUUUUAUCUGACAUUUAUUAUCAACACAUGUAUCAAAGUUUAUUUUCUCAGUACGCAAGUAACGGAUGUUUAUGCAGAUAUGUCGACGAUAUAUUAUACAUCACCGAUAACGAGAAUUAUGCGAAGAAAUUUCUAGAAAUAGUCAGAAAUGGCAUACCCGAUUAUAAUGUGAAGUUUAAUCCAUAUAAAAUACAGUCGAACGUAGAUGUGCCAUAUAAGCCCACAAAAAUCAAAUUUUUAGGAUGGACUAUAACUUUAUAAAAUAUUUUGCAAUAUACAUGUAUAUACAGAGACUCCCAUUAUCCGAACCCCCAUUAUCCGAAUAAUUCUAAUAUCCGAACAUUCUAUCAUCCGAACAUACAUGUAAAUAUAUUGAAUAUAAACAUCGCUAUAUAUACGAAACGUUGUUCGGAUAAUGGGGCUUCGGAUAUGGGAGUCUCUACUGCAUAUAUGUGAGAGAUUAUUAAUAAAAAAUUUUUUUUCUGAUUAUUUAUGUUGUAAGAAAUAAAAUAUGUAUUCAAUGUGUGUAUAACUUGAACAUUUUUUGUAUCUUUUCUAUUUAUAAAUUAUCUUUUGUUUAUUCUAAAACUUCUGCUUUGAAAUAUUAGAUUUAUGAAUAUAAGAAAACAAAAAAAUGCUCUGUCGCACCAAGUGUAAGAAUGAUCUCAAUAAAGAGAAUUGGAUGAGAAAC